GCCGACUUCAACGUCCACAUUCUCGAAUUCAUCACCACGAGCACGCUGUCUUUCGGACCACGAUGGACCUCGCCCUGCAGCUGAACCCGCUGCCCACCGCCAUGGACCGCCCAAGCUACUACGACCGCAACCGCGACCAAGUACGGGAAAGCCAGCGGCUGUACCGCGAGACCAACCGGGACAAGAUUCGCGCGAUCCACAAGGCGUACUACGCCAAGAACCGAGCAAAGAUCACAGCGUACAAACGGGAGCGAUGGCACCAGAUGAAAGCAGCGUGUGCGGCGGCCAAGUCGAGCCACACCACGCACGAGCUCUGUCACACCAACGACAGGUGGGCCACCGACGAUGGCGGGUUUGCGUCCAAGUCGGCAACACCCAAGAUGCAAAUCACGUUUCUUUUGAACGCGUAGCGGCCACACGACCAGCAUCAAGUAGGCAGCGUACAGUGCGUGUAUAUGUGUAAUCUAUUGGGACAGUCGUUUGUCCAUGUUAGACAUCCC